AUGGCAAUCAAAGGUUCGGCGGAAGAGGAUGCUGCACAGGCUGCUGAUAUGCUGUUCGCUGUUACAUCUGCCUUGCAGGAUUUUGCACUAGACACUACUGAAGCAUUAAUCUCUUAUGCAACGAAAAUGGCGAUCAAAGGUUCGGCGGAAGAGGACGCUGCACAGGCCGCUGAUAUGUUGUUCGCAGUUACAUCUGCCUUGCAGGUUGCUUCCAUGUAUAACAUCGAUAGCAAAUUACAUAGCUCAGCGAAAUAG